UUUUCUGAUUUUGAGCAUCCAAUUUACGGAAUUUUUAUUUCGUAAACCACUUUACUCCUCAAUAUCCCUUCCUAACCUACCUGAAAUUCUCCUAGAGAGAUGAGGAUUGUAUCCAUUGGGCGGUGGGAGGAAGGAGAUCUUCACUGGAAGAUUAUGAAACUUAAUUUUGCUUACAACUUAUAAUAUAUACUUAUUACCGGAUACGGAGACUUGCGAACCCUCUUUAUGUUCUGAUCUUUCUGGCCAUUCCUUUUGGUAACGAGUCUUGUGCUUUUUCGAACACUGACAGAUUGUCUUCUACCGCUAUUCUUUGGUUUGAUAGAGUUUUCAAUUUUUCUUUAAUUUAAACCAGUUUUAGAUAUCUAAUUUUUCCUCCUAAACUACAUUUUUUUCUCCGGACACCUCAAGACAUUUUUUUCUUUUACCGUUUUCUUUUUUUCGGAAGAAAGGGGAGAUAUUACGUGCGCUAACCGUUGGCGUUUUAAAUAGAAAUUAUUGCAGCGUGAAGUAAGCUGAAAGUGUCACCGGGAUCUCCAAUUGGGUGUACAGUGUACUUUUGUGUGUAUGUGUGUCUCUCGUCCCAUCUUCCGGGUGGUAUUAAUUAUCACUGGGCAAAAUGAGGAAGAGAAGACAGUAGUGAGUGGAGUGGAGUUAGUGGGUUAAGAGGACGUCGGAAGAUAAUCCUGGUCAACCCUCAAUACCACGGAGGUAUCGAGGUGAGGAACAGCGCAAGAAGUGUUAAGCCAGAUCCGGAAACCUAUUUCCUACGGAGGAAAAUCGGCGGAGGCAAAAAACUUCGGUCUGAUCGGAAAAGUCUUCGGAGAGAGUCUUCUGUGUCUACACGGUUACCCUCCACAACGAGAAAGUAGUCACCUGAGGAUCCGGGAAUUGUGCCAACCCGACGUAAUCAGGGUGCGCAUCACCACUCAAUUGGAAUCUGCAAGAGCCCACCCUGGCACAAAGAAUCCCCGCAUCUUGCUAGUCCCUCAGAAUUUGCGGGAGCCCCAAUACGGAGAGGGAGAAAGAACGGCCAUCGGACUCAAAUAAGCGAACAAACCUUAAGUAGAACUCUGUGUUGUAUAAUUGUGUAAAUUUCGGUAUAAUAUAACCAAUUUUAUAUGGGCUUUAACUGAGGGUCUCUUCGGGAAAUCAAAGGGGGUUUGUGAUUAAUUCUGCUGAGGAAUAAAGGGUUUAAUUGUGGAAAUUGAAGAUAGAAGAAUUGGUGUUUCUUUGUGAGAGGGAAUAUUGAGAAGAAUUGAAAGGUGAAAGAAUCCGGAGUCGGGUGUUUGGGAUUGAUGGAUAUCGGGUAAGGAUUGAGAAAAGUGCCAUCAGAACUUCAAAUUAAAAGCAGAAAAUUCACCGGUAGCAGAAUAAUUCUUACAAAAUCCAAUUGAAUUGGCUGAAAUCAACUGUUCAGUUUCCACUCAAGAUUCUUUUGGGAAUUUUAUCCACAAAUUCAGCUCAAUUCAUAAGCUAAAUAGGGUAAUAGCUUACUGGAGACGUUUCAUGUACAAUUGCCGCCAUCCUAAGGCAAAGAAAUGCGGACCACUCUCUGUCAUUGAACUUAAAGAAUCCCUGGAUAUUCUUGUGAGGAUUGAACAACGCACCUACCUGUUUGAUGAGAUCAAACAACUCCAGAAACCGAAUAGAGGAAGGCCAGUGAAAUGCAAGACUCUCCAGUCCUUGGAUCCCUUCCUGGAUGAUAAGGGUAUGCUACGAGUCGGCGGACGACUCCGUCAUGCAGAAGUAUCAAUGGAAACAAGGUGUCCCCUUAUCAUUCCAAAGGGACAUUUGGCAAAACUCCUGGCCAGAAAUGAACAUCAGAUAUUACUACAUGCGGGUCCUCAACAUGUGUUAGCCUCCAUGCGAUUGCGGUGGUGGCCCUUGGGCGGCAGAAAUCUGGUGAGGAAGAUCAUCAAGCAAUGCAUUACUUGUUUCCGAAUGAAUCCACCACCCUGUGAGCAGUUUAUGGGCUCUCUUCCCAAGGUUAGAGUGAACCAGGCUCGUCCAUUUCUCCAUUGUGGAUGUGACUUCGCAGGACCAGUGAAAAUUCGACCAAUGCAUGGUCGAAAGGGACAGACCAGAGAUGCUUUCAUCGCAGUGUUUAUCUGUAUGGUGACAAAGGCAGUCCAUCUGGAAGCCGUAAGCAAUCUUUCUGCUGAUGCCUUUACCGCUGCUCUGAAAAGACUUAUUGGACGAAGGGGAAGGAUUGCACAUUUUUACUGUGACAACGGGAAAAAAUUUAUUGGAGCGAAAAGAAAGCUGACUCAACUUCGACAGAUAUUCUUGAGUCAGGAGAGCAACCAGUUUCUUCGAGAAUACUUUUCGAAGGAAGGUAUUACGUGGCAUUUUAUCCCACCUAAUGCCCCUCACUUUGGUGGCCUCUGGGAGGCUGCUGUUCGCUCAGUCAAGAAACAUCUGUACCGAGUCACUGCUAAUGCAAGUCUCAACUUUGAGGAACUAACAACCUUGUUAGUUCAAAUUGAAGCAGUGCUCAAUUCACGCCCCAUUACGACUUUGUCCGAGGACCCCAAGGAUUUGGAGUAUCUUACUCCGGGACAUUUUCUUUCCACUGGAGGACCGCUCACAGCUUUACCAGAACCUGACUUGACAGAGCUUCCUGUCAAUCGCCUUAGUAGUUGGCAACGGGUCCAGCAAUUGCUUCAACAUUUCUGGAAUCGCUGGUCCGUUGAGUACCUCACUCAGCUGCAACAACGACCAAAAUGGCUCCAAAAGAAAAGAAAUCUACAGGAAGGUGAUGUCGUAUUGCUUAGAGAAGACAAAACUCCACCCAUGUUCUGGCCAAUUGGUCGCAUCAUCAAAACAUUUCCCGGAGCAGACAACCUGAUACGUGUAGUGGAACUGAAACUCAAGGACGGAAGGACCUUCAAGCGGCCAAUCUCGAAGAUCUCACUUUUGCCAAUUGAUGACGAUGAUCAACUUUAAUUUUUAUAUUCUUUAUCUCAUUGUUUAAUUUCGAUUAAUUUCUUGAAAUCCAAAUGUUUGUAUUUCAACCCGGGAGUAUGUUCAGUCGUUAAAUUUAAAUUUUUCAUCUAACUGCUCCUCUAGCGGAUUUUGCACAAAAGUCAUUCUGUC